AUGGGUGUGCCUGCCUUCUACCGCUGGGUGCAGGAGAAGUAUCCGAAAUGUGUCGUGGACUGCGUGGAGAGUCGCGCCGUGGUGCUUGAGGGAGAGCGUCACUUCGAGCUCACAGACACGACGGGGCCAAGCCCCAAUGGCUUUGAGGUGGACAAUCUGUAUGUCGAUAUGAACGGCCUUAUCCAUCCAUGUGCACACCCGGAGAACGGCGAGGCGCCCAAGACCGAAGAGGAAAUGUACCGCCGCGUCAUGGCCUAUGUGGACCGUCUCGUGGCUGCUGUACGUCCACGUCGUGUGCUGUACUUGGCCAUUGACGGCGUCGCCCCUCGAGCCAAGAUGAACCAACAGCGUGCUCGUCGCUUUCGCUCGGCACAGGAAGCUGAACAGCGCAUGGAAGUAGAGAAAGAGGCGCUUGAAUACAUGAGCGCAUUGGGCCACAAGGUGCCCAGCAAACAGGAGAAACCUUGGGACUCGAACGUCAUCACGCCUGGCACCAAGUUCAUGGCCAAACUGGCCAAACACCUGCGUUUCUACAUCCGUGACCGCGUCAACAAUAACGCUGCAUGGAAGAGUAUCAAGAUCAUUCUAUCCGACGCAGGUGUGCCUGGAGAGGGAGAGCACAAACUCAUGCAAUACAUCCGCGUGCAGCGCUCACAGCCCGGCUACGACCCGAACCAGCACCACGUGCUUCACGGUCUUGAUGCUGAUCUUAUCAUGCUGGGUCUGGCUACCCACGAAGUCAAGUUCUCCAUCCUACGCGAAGAAGUACUCUUUGGUAAGCAGAAAUACGAACGAGAGCGACAAAAAGAGCAGCAGACAGUGCUGGACGCCAAUGGGACUACUUUGAACAAGAGAAAGCGCGGAGAGUUUGGCGAGCACGACGCAGACCUCGUGGCUUCGGAUCUCAAGCCGCUACAGUACCUACAUAUCGCCACACUACGUGAAUACCUUCAGGUCGAGUUUGAGCCGCUGUCCCGUGUGCUACCGUUCGAGUACGACUUUGAGCGAGUGAUCGACGACUUUGUGUUCCUCUGUUUCUUCGUGGGAAACGAUUUCUUGCCGCAUUUGCCGUCGCUGGACAUUCGUGAUGGCGCGCUGGACUUCUUGAUCUUGAUCUACGCCAAACUGCUGCCUGCGAUGGGCGGAUAUAUCACCGAUGGAGGCCACGUGGAUCUCUCGCGUGUUGAUGUGAUCCUCGCUGAAGUUGGACAGGUGGAAGACGUGAUUUUCCAGCGUCGUGCGCUCAAACAGGCCGAGAACGAGAGGAGACGCAAGUCGCACCUGUCGAACGAGAAGAAAGACCAGAUCGCAGCGGCGGCAGCGAAGGAUUCAGCUGUCGAGAUACUGAAGAAGCGUCGUAUUGAUAAGGAUAUCAUCGCUGCAGACAAGAAGUACGGCGGCUUGACCGCAGAAGAAGCCGUCAAAGCACGUGUUAAGGAGAGUGUGGAGAAGAAACUGGAGCAAUAUCGAGAAGAGGUUCAAGAUGUCGUGCGCUUAGGAGAACCUGGCUGGAAGACGCGAUACUACAGUGACAAGCUGAAGGCAGACGAUAUUGAGGUUGGAGGCGGUCGUGAACGCGUCUUCCACGCCUACAUUGAAGGUCUGUGCUGGGUGAUGCGAUAUUACUACACUGGCUGUGCUUCCUGGCAGUGGUUCUACCCGUUCCACUACGCUCCUUUCGCGUCAGAUUUGCGCAACAUCGACCGCUUUGAGAUCAAGUUCGACGAGGGGCUUCCGUUCCAUCCAUUCGAGCAGUUGAUGGGCGUCUUUCCAGCUGGAAGUGGCCACGCUAUCCCCAAGCCGUAUCGGUCGUUGAUGUCCGAUCCUGAGUCGCCCAUUAUUGACUUUUAUCCGACGGAAAUUCCAGUUGAUCCCAACGGCAAGGCGAUGCCGUGGCUGUGGGUGGUUCUACUGCCGUUCAUUGACGAAGAGCGACUUCUGGAAGCCAUGAAGGAGCCGAAUCAGAAGCUGACGGAAGCUGAGAAGAAACGCAAUGCGCGGUUCGGCAAGGAAGUUGUCUUCUUCCACACCAAGUGUCCCGUGACCAAGAACCCACCGACGACUGAGCUUGCUGAGGCGCAAGCUGACCCGAGAAUCUCGCAGUCGUUCAACGGAUCACUUAUCUACAUUGAGUCGCUCUACUUCCCUAUUGGAGGGAUCGUUCCGAGUCCAGAGAAGUCCCAGAGACACUUGGCGGACAUCCCGAACAACCAGUGCUACAGUUUCCAAUACCGCUUGCCGCCCACUCUACCGCAUCUGUCGAAAAUCUUGGACGGCGCUCAAUCUCCCUGUCCCGUACUGAUUACAGACAAUGACAAGCGCAUCACGAUCCCGUUCUUCGGCAAGGCCAACAUCAACAUUGUGGAUCUGGCUGGCGAUGCUUCAAACCACACAAAUGUGCGUCAGAACUACAUGUCGCGUCACAACGGAGGCGGAGGUCGCAAUCAACGCUUUGUGAACAACAAUUUGAACGUGGAUCGCUACGGUGGCCCACCUCAGCAGCAGCAGUACAAUCAGUACAUGGCCAACGGAUACGGCAACUGGGGCUCACAGGAGCCGAGGAAUAAACGCGGUCAGUAUGGCGAUUCCUACAACCAGUACAACGGAGGCCAGUCGUCGUAUGGCCGGCCAAGCUCGGACUACCGCGGAGGCUACAAUGGUAAUGGCGGGCGUGGAUACCAAGGCGGUUUUGGUGGACGAGGAGGACGUGGAGCUCCGAUCCAGUCAGCGUUCGGAGGUAGCUUGCAGCAGGCUCAAGCGUACCCAUCGAACCAUAUCGGUGGCUCUGCUGCCCCCGCUGCGCCUCCCGCUCCGGCACCGAGAGGUCUGGAGGCUCUGAAGGCUGGACUGCGCAGCAUGCACCAGCAGCGCCAGAAUAACGCCCCGCCUGGAGGCAAUCCCAGUCGCUACGAUCGCUAA